GAUAUAUUCAGCUAUGUCAUAAGGAGUGCGAGCUUUUGUAAAUUUUAGGGUAACGCCCAGUUCUUAAAUUUUUAAAUUUUCACACGAAGAGAUAUACUUGUACUUUACUAUUAUCAAAGAUAUAGAUUAAGAACGAGUUUUUGUUUCAGUGUUUCGUUUAUAUUAUUUGAUAAACAGAAUGUUAAAAAAUGGAUUAUAAAGAUAAAAUAUCAUAAACCGUGACAUUAGAAGUAUCACAUAUGGAGUGCUAUGGCGAGGAAAAAAAAGAAACAUUCUCCUGCGAUGAGCAUUCUUAUUUUUGUUACAACUUUAGUUAUUGUUACAACAUUUAUAUAUCUACGAGGGAAGAAAAGACACACAAUUACUGAUAUUACCCGAUACACGAAUACAAGUAUAUACUCAUAUCAACAUAUUAAAAUCCGUGACUCCCGUCGCACUUUGCUCAACCAUUAUGUCCGAAAAAAGAAACUUGCAGAUGCUAUGUGGACUGUGAAACCUAACAUACCGAACCAAUGGAAGUCUACAGAAAACAUUCGCCAUUUCGAUAUUGACGAUCAGAGUGAAAGUUCCCGUGAAUCAAACGACGAGGAUGAAACAUCAGAUGACGAUGUUAAAUGGAAUUCUUCCUCUGACAACUAUGAUAUAGAUUUUAAAUCCUCAUUUGUUUCAUACGACACGACACCCUCGGUUACAGAUGCCCCAACCACUCCAAUAACAACACAGUCAGAAACAACCCCCCUGUAUACUGAAAGUCCAACAUCACCUAUAACAACAGAAUCAAUAACCACACCAGGUGUCACUGAACCAGGUGAAGUAGAAGUUACAACAGAGGCAGACCCUGAUGCUGACCCAAAUGAAACCUUAAUGCUGAUACGUCACAGGCGUGGAGUUGGCUUCACACCGACAUCCCCUGAUCCUCUAACAACUUCCGUAAAACCACCGAAAUGUGGAGGCUAUGAUAAUUACACGGAUGAUUCGGAAGACUACUAUACCGGGCCAACUGGUGAUUGUGAAUGUGGUUAUAAUAUGACAGGACCAUUUUGUUCUGAAGAGCUAACAGAAGAGGAGAGGGCUAGCAGACUUGCGGCAUCUUUACAGUUCAAUACACAGGCUGAUGGUGAAUUUGAUAACACACAAAGAAAACAUUUUCAAGAACAAUUAGAGCAACAUUACUCUACAUUAGAAGGUUUUGAGCGUGUUUUUGUGUUACCAAUGAUUUAUGACCCUGAAACAAAUAAGACAUCACUUAGGUUCAUUAUUUUUUUCGACGACACGACGGACGCUGAGGAUGCCGCUAGGUCGGCCAGCAAAACUUAUGACAUUGUCGGAAGUGUACUUCCAAUCUUGAUAGACAACCAGCCUGUAACUUUCGGGGAGAAUGAUUCAUUCCUUAUUCGACCAACAAUAGACUCACAAGUCGAAACGAUUCCUCUGGGAUCGGAGAACAAGGAAAACACAUGUUAUAUAUAUAAUCAACUUCAAGCCUGUGACCACGGUGAAAACAGAGGGAAAUGUGUUGUCAUUAACGGAAAUCCAAUGUGCGAAUGUACAACGCAGUAUAUCGGCGAAUUUUGUGAAGAGGAAGUUCGUUAUGCAGCAGAGAGCGAGGAAGAAAAGAUCUUACCGGUGUUAGUACCGAUAUUGGCCGGCGUAGCUGUUGCGGCGGCAUUGUGCUCGUGCUGCUUCUUAUGCUGUAGAAGGUGCUAUAAGGGAGAAGAUGAGGCCUCGUCAUAUACUGAAUCAUUGGUAGAGUCUCCACCGCUUAUUUUACCAAGGUAUUACCCGUUUGUCUUUAAGCAGUUCAUAGCAGGUGCAGAGGCGGAAGAAGUAAGACAUUUAGUUGUAGACAGACCGGUGAUACAACCUGUUAUCGUAGAGAGAACUAUUGUCAAAGAACGCGCAGUUAAGCAGGUUGUUGAGGAGGCCGUUGUACCAGUAGUACGUGAGGCUAUCGUACCCGUGGUACAAGAAGUUGUUGUUCCUGUCGUACAUGAUGUACCAGUUGUCCAGGAACGUGCCCGCUAUGUGCUAGAAGAUGCAGCCCACGAAAAUGCAGGAUUCGUGCAGGAAAAUGUAGUAUUGAACCAAGGUGCACACUAUGUAUUAGAAGAAAUGCCUACAACUUACGAAAAUGGUAGAUUCAUGACGGAAGAUAUUCCUGGGAAUUAUAAUGCCCAUUAUUUACAAGUACGUGUACCUAGGACUAGUGAAAACGUACGCUACGUCCGGGACGAUUUACGCCCUUUCACCCGGGAAGGUGGAGGAAGCGUUUGGGAAUCAUCUUCACAAAGCAAUGGAAGUACAGCGAUUACAAGUCCGUCGAUGAUCUUACCUCGAUUUUAUCCUACACCUUAUAAACAGUUUAUACCUGGUUCAGAAGGGGAUGAGGAAGAAAUCAUAACUAAAAAGUGGCCUUAAAAACUUCAAAUAUGUUCUGAUUAUCGUUAUUGGACAAACAGUUUGAUACCUGCUAGAAAUUGCACACAUCCUAGAUUUCAAUUUGGGACGGUCUACACCAUAUUCAAAUAUAUUUUUACAUCUACUACUGUAAAAUGUAGUUGAAAUGUUGUACAAAAGUACAAGUGAAUGCCUACGUUUUUACGUACAAAAGAUAAAAUAACUAUUUCGAAAAAGUUACAUGUUGAUUUUACAUAGUUUAAUUCAAAGUUAUAGAUUGUUUUUAUUUCUUUAAAAUUGCCUUACACUUAGAGCUUCAGUUAAACUUCCAUUAUAAAUGGCUGUGUGAGGAAAUGAACAUAUAUUUCGAUAUAUUUCGUACCACAUAUUACAAAAAAGUUUGUCAAGUGUAGGAGAAGAUAAAUGAGUGUCACAAUAAAUAAAAAUAAAUACACAUUAUUAAAUUCCAUUGAUAUAACAUACAUUAUAGAAAUAUAUAUGAUAAUUAUUUUAUUAUUGAUAACAGGAAACAUGUUUCAUGCUUGUUAUUACAGAAUUAAAGUGUAAUCACUGA